AUGCUGCGGCAGGCGUUUUUGUUUCGCAAGAUAACACGUUCAUGGACAUCUGGUUCCAUUGCCUCGGCCUCGACCCAUUUCCCUGAUGCCGUGAGGGUCGAUCCCGCCGCACAGCGCAAUGUAGCAUGCUCCGCAAAGGAAAGGCGUCAAUGGAGCCUUUAUGACACGUCCAGUGGAAGUCGUUGCAAGGUACCGAAGCAUAUUGAAUGGGCCACGCGUAAGGUGAAAUUGUGGUGCCAACUGAUACGUGCUGAUAAACCCACUGGUACAUUGCUUUUGCUACUACCGUGCUAUUGGGGUUCCAGUCUUGCCGUCACACGGGCGAUUGUGUGGGAGGGGGCCGACCCAGUGGUUCUCUGCGCUCCUUUUUUCCCAGUACAUCUCGCCGUGUUUUUCGCUGUAGGAGCAUUUUUGAUGCGAAGUGCCGGUUGUAUUGUCAACGAUAUGUGGGACAGGAAAUUUGACCGCAUGGUGGAGCGCACCAAAACACGUCCCUUGGCCUCUGGAGAGCUGAGCAUGACAGAGGCUUCUGGUGUUCUCGUCACAACUCUUGGAUUGGCUCUUACGAUUGCCAUGAAUUUGUCUCCGACAGCUCUUUUGACUGCCUUAUCUAUUACCCCGUUGGUGAUCAUUUAUCCAUUUAUGAAGCGCAUCACAUACAUGCCGCAGCUAUUUCUUGGGCUAUGCUUCAAUUGGGGUAUAUUUGUUGGAUACGCUGCGGUGUUAAAUCGUGUGGAUCUUGCUGUCACAUUGCCUAUUUAUUGUGCCUCUGUUGUGUGGACCAUUUUGUAUGACACAAUCUACGCCUAUCAGGACAUCAAGGACGAUAAGAAGUGUGGGGUGAAGAGCUCUGCCAUCCUUAUUGGGGAUCGCAAGCAUAUUCUCGUGUUUAUGGUGUUUCAUGUAGGUCUUGGAAUACUCGUCUCUGGAUUGAUGGUCUCACAGUCUCUUCCGUUUUACAUUGCUGUCCUCCUCUGCAUUUGGCACCUUUACGGCAUCGUGGAUGACGUCAAUAUUUACGACGCCUGGUCAUGUGCAGCGGGAUUUCGUAGAAAUGUGUGGUUUGCUUUCUAUGUCCUUCUAUCCAUGUGUUUGGGGAAUGUCUUCUGGGCUCUCGCCUCGGAGCAUCAGCCGGCAAAGGAUGCAGAUAACAGUGCCGUGUCCGAGAACUCAGUUCUCAUGAAGUUUCUUUUGCUUAACCAAAAUGCGGCGACUCCGACGUAUGGCAUGCAAGACGUCUGUUGGGUGGAUCGAUUUGCGCAUCCAGCGUACGUUGCAUCCCAAGGAGUGCCGCGAGAUUCCGCGCAGCACCCGUUGGUGAUACCGGCGUGGAUGCGACGUGAGUACCUUGGCGAAAACGUGGGCUCUGUAAUGAGCCUGCUUGGUGUUGAAGAGGGGGUGAUUGAGUCCUGGCAAGAAUGGUGGUAUGCGCAGCUGAACCACUAUAAUAUGUUUUCCAAGGUUGCAAUAUGA